UCUAUUCGACCGGCAAACCCAAACCAACCAUUUGUUCACUAUUCUUCGCGGGUAAAAUGCAGAUGUGCCCACCAGCCAUCGCCGGGCCAUCUCCACCUCCACAUCCACCGAUACCUCCGCCCACUCUUUCUCUUUCAAAAAUUUCGCUGUUCAUGUACUUUCCGUUCUCCGUCUUAUCUCCUCCCUCCCGAUCACCCUAGAAAGCUAUACCCAGCCUUAUUCCACUCUCAAUUCUCACAAUUCCUCAAAUGAACGCCUCUAUUCUCUUUCUUACACCACCUCACAGUCACAGCAAUCGUCUUUUCAGUUCCCAAAAACUCUUCUCCGUCCGUCAGUUCCGCCUCUACAGACGCCGUCGGAUCAAACCUACUUCCACCAGAAACCUCACGGUUUACAAUAACUUAUUAGAUCCCUUCCAGAACUUCCUCUCCCAGUCCCCCUCCUCGUUUUCUCUCAAUCUUCUCGCUCCCGUUCUAGGCUUUGCCUCCGGUUUAACGCUAUAUCUAUCGAAAUUCAAUUCCAGUGGAUUAUCGAGCACUUCUGACAUCGGUGAAUGGAUUCUCUUCUCCAGCCCCACUCCGUUCAACCGUUUUGUAUUUCUGCGUUGCCCUUCUAUAUCUUUUGUAGGGAGCGAGUUGUUAGAGGAUGUGAAUGAGAGGUUGGUAGAGCAGGAUAGGCACUUUGUGAGACUGGACAGCGGGAGGAUUCAGGUCAGAGAGUCUGGCUAUGGUAGAUUGGAGGAGAAAUUGGAGUACCAGAGAGUCUGCGUUAGCACCGAGGAUGGUGGAGUUAUUUCGCUUGAUUGGCCGGCGAAUUUGGACUUGAGGGAGGAGCAUGGGUUGGACACUACUGUGUUGCUUGUGCCGGGGACAACUGAAGGGAGCUUGGAUGAGAGCAUUAGGUCGUUUGUGUGUGAAGCACUUAGCCGCGGGUUUUUCCCGGUUGUCAUGAAUCCUAGAGGAUGUGCAGGUUCACCACUCACUACUGCAAGGUUAUUUUCAGCUGCUGACAGCGAUGAUAUCUCCACAGCUAUACAGUUCAUCAAUAAAGCAAGGCCAUGGACAUCACUGAUGAGUGUUGGCUGGGGAUAUGGUGCCAACAUGUUGACUAAAUAUCUGGCAGAAGUUGGAGAGAUGACACCUCUUAUGGCUGCCACAUGCAUUAAUAAUCCUUUUGACUUAGAGGAGGCCACAACGUGCUCUCCUUAUCACGAUGCUUUGGAUAAAAAACUCACUGGUGGACUUAAAGAUAUCCUGCGAUCUAAUAAGGAAUUGUUUCAAGGGAAAGCAAAAGGGUUUCAUGUGGAGAAGGCUUUAAUGGCAAAAUCUGUUCGUGAUUUCGAAAAAGCCAUAUCUAUGGUAUCUUAUGGUUUUGAGAAAAUUGAAGAGUUCUAUUCAAAAUCUAGCACACGGGAUGUUGUUGGAAAUGUGAAUAUUCCUGUUCUCUUUAUUCAGAAUGAUGAUGGGACAGUGCCAUUAUUUUCCACUCCGCGCAGUUUGAUUGCAGAAAAUCCAUUUACAAGUCUCCUUUUAUGUUCUUGUUUGCCAUCUGAUAUUGUUGGGAAGGGUAGAGCUGCUGUAUCUUGGUGCCAGAAUCUUACUAUUGAGUGGCUAUCGGCAGUAGAGCUUGGGCUAUUGAAGGGUCGCCAUCCUCUUUUAAAAGAUGUAGAUGUUAACUUCAACCCAAUAACAAGUUUAACUCUUGUGGGAGGCAGGACAUCAAACAAAGGUAUCAAACUUGAGAAAUUUUUAGAUGUUGCUGCAAGUGAUGCUAAUAGGUACACCAUAGGUCCCCUGAAAGAGAGGAUUAAAGAUAGUAUUACUACUGUCCAAUCAAGAUCCAGACAAGAUGCAUAUAGAAACUUUGAAAUUAAAGAGAGAUUGCAAGAAGUGGAAAAUGGUGCAUUUCAGCAGACCAGCUCAGUUGAUGUAGAAUUGGUCAAAGAGGAGGUAGCUGACACCGUAGAUACUGGAAGUGGUCAAGUGCUACAAACAGCACAGGUGGUAAUGAAUAUGCUUGAUGUUACUAUGCCUGGCAUUCUGGAAGAAGAAGAAAAGAAGAAGGUCUUGAGUGCUGUGGGUCAAGGAGAGACACUCAUGAAAGCUUUGCAAGAUGCUGUGCCAGAAGAUGUUCGUGGAAAGCUUACAAGUUCUGUAACAGGAAUUUUGCAUGCUCAAAAUGCAAACUUAAAACUUGAUGGACUCCUUGGUAAAGUUCCUGCUGUGUCAUCUGGGAUUAAGUCAAAGAUCCAGGAAAAGGCAGGAGGAACAUUAAAUGAUGAACCUACAUCUAAUGAUCCUCAUUCCUCAGAGGAGAUCAAAAAGCCUGAUGACUUGGCAGAUGUCUCUGAUAACAAUCAACCUGGGUCAUACAAGUCUGUUACCGGGCUGGAAUUAGGACAUCGCUCUUCAGAUAAUUUGCAUAACUUCAGUGAUUUUGGGCAGCCUCAAACAGUGAACAUUCAGCUAGGUGAUACUUGUGAUUAUGUUAAGGAUAAAAAUGAGUCAGGAAAUAAUCAUGAAAGUGACGAUCUUGUCAAAGAAAAAACUAUUUCAUAUUCUAACAGCAGUGAAAAGGGAUUGGAUACCAGCACCAAGCAAAGUGUUACUAGCCGCCCUGAAAAUGCUGCUGGCACUGAGGAAGCAAUUGUUGAUGAGCUCAAGGUGGAUGAGAAUGGUGGAACACCUCAACUAGAAAUGAAAAGGGAGAUGCAUACCCAGAAAAAUGAAGAGAAAACCCCAAAUUCUUCAACAGACCUAAGUAAGAUGGCAUCGGGAAACAUGGUUGAAGAAGCACCUUCACCUGCGGUGUUGUCUCCUAACUCCCUACCAAUGGAAAAUGACAGCAAUGAUACUCAGAAGAGGGACAACAUAGCAGUGCAGCCUGUUUCUGAUCAAAAUAAACCAAUUAUGUCUGAUUCUAAUUCCCCUGCAUUCAAUGUUGUUCAGGCUUUAGAUGCCUUGACAGGGAUGGAUGAUUCCACCCAAGUGGCGGUUAACAGUGUUUUUGGUGUCAUAGAAGACAUGAUUUCUCAGUUGGAAGAGGAAAAAGAUGACGAGAACCAAAACCAGGAUAGAGAUGAGGUUGAAGGUGAGACAGAUGAUUCUAGGUCCAGGAAAGAGAAUGCCACUGGUGAUAACAUUGUAAAAAUAAAUGGCAAGAACGACUUAACCAUGCAGCCUGGUAUUUCACAGGAUUCUGCUCCAUGUAAGAAGAAAGCAACUGGCAUCAACCCGCAGAAUGUUGUGAGUGCAGGAAGGAUAGAGGAAAAACUCACUGGGAAUUCUGUUAUUUAUGGUGAGAAUGUUACUGAUGGUUACUGGGGGGUUACUUCCAGUAACCAUAAAUAUAAGAAAGGAAUAAAGAAGAAUCAAUUAGUUGGUGGCAAUUUUUUGGCUGAUUACGCUGAUAGACAAGUAAAUAGCAUUCCAUUAUACAUAACAGGAAAUCCAUAUGGGGAAUAUAUACAAAAUGAGUACUUCCGCAAGUAUCUUCUCUCAAAGAUGCCAAAUGAUAAACCACUUGAUUUAGAUAUGACUACUGCUCUGUUGCUUGACUAUUUCCCAGAAGAAGGUCAGUGGAAACUCCUGGAGCAACCUGGAAAUAUUGGAGAAUCUAGACAUGAUGUUAAAGCUCACAGUGUUGUUGACAGAAAAGAUCGGGUUCAUUCACCUGUAAAUGUGAAUGAUACAGACAACAUUAUUGAACCAUCAUACAUACUAUUAGAUGCCGAAAAACAACAGGAAACUGUUGGAGAAUAUAGCAUUGUGAACAGUUCUAAUGAAAAUGUUGAAAAUAGAUUAGAAGAGGUGAUGCAGUUGGUGAAACUUAUUAUAGUGGAUGCUUUAAGGAUUGAAAUUGAUCGCAAGCUGAGUGCAGACACCAUGAAAGAAAUGGAACCCACACUCACUAGUGAUCUUGAGCAAGUGGCGAAUGCAGUAUCUUUGGCCAUUGGACACGAAGGCAGUUUGUACUUGCAAGGCAAAGACUUAAGUAUUGAUGGUGCUUCUGAAAAAUUUGGUACUCUUCAAGGAGAGCAUAUAGUAAGGGCCAUUUCUUCAGCUGUUCUGAGCACGAGUUAUCUGAGAAGAAUUUUGCCAGUUGGUGUUGUUAUAGGCUCUAGCUUAGCUGGUUUGAGAAAAUAUUUCAAUGUAGGUACCAGGCCUGAUAAUGACCUGACAUUGAAUGGCCAAACAAAGAUAUCCAGGGAAGAAAGUCUAGAUAAGCCUAGCAUGAGGGAGGAUGAUCAGAAGCCUAUUACCAGAAUGGAUCAAAAUAUUAGUAUGAAGGGUACAAGGGGUAGAGAGGGGAAAGAAGCUGAAUUGAAAAAUAGGAAAAACGAUAGUGUCAUGGUUGGGGCUGUUACAGCUGCCCUUGGAGCAUCUGCUUUACUGGUACAGCAACAGAGUCAAUACCACGGCAAGGAAACUGAAGAAAGUUCUUUGAAGUCCUUGAAUGAGAAAGUAGAUGAUGUGAAAGCAGUCGACAAGGUUGGUGAAUCAAUUUCUGAAAAAAUGCAGAACAAUGUAGUUGCAAGCCUUGCUGAGAAAGCCAUGUCAGUUGCUGCUCCAGUAGUUCCUACGAACGAAGAUGGUGAAGUGGAUCAAGAUAGGCUGGUCGCAAUGCUAGCUGACUUGGGACAAAAGGGUGGCUUGUUGAGGCUGGUUGGUAAAGCUGCUUUGCUUUGGGGUGGCUUACGUGGUGCUACAAGUUUGACUGACAAGCUUAUCUCGUUUCUACGUAUGGCUGAACGUCCCUUGUAUCAGAGGAUUUUUGGGUUUGUUGGGAUGGUGCUUGUUCUAUGGUCACCGAUCCUUGUACCGUUGCUUCCAACACUUGUGCGGAGCUGGACGACAAGCAACCCCUCCAGAUUUGCUUACCUUGUUAGCAUUAUUGGACUUUAUACAGCUGUUAUGAUACUUGUUAUGCUAUGGGGCAGAAGAAUUCGUGGGUACGAAGAUCCACUUGAGGAAUAUGGUUUGGAUUUUAUGAAACCACACAAGAUAAAAUUUUUUUUCAUGGGAUUGAUUGGAGGAAUCAUGCUGGUUUUAUCAAUACAGUCUGUAAAUGUUUUAUUGGGCUGUGCAAGUUUCUCACGGCCUGCAAGUCUUCCUACAUCUUCAGAUGCCAUUGCAUGUCUCAAAGUAUGUGGGCAAGUAAUUAUGCUGGCUGGUCGAGGAAUUAUUACAGCAACCGGUCUUGUGCUUGUUGAAGAACUGCUUUUCAGAUCUUGGUUGCCUGAAGAAAUUGCCACUGAUCUUGGUUAUCAUCAAGGGAUCAUCAUUUCAGGACUUGCAUUUUCUCUUGUCCAGAGGUCUCCCUUGGCAAUACCAGGGCUUUGGCUUCUCUCUUUGGCUCUGGCUGGAUUGCGUCAAAGAAGUGAAGGCAGCCUUUCCAUUCCAAUUGGUUUACAUGCAGGGAUCACGGCUUCAAGUUUUAUUUUGCAAACAGGUGGAUUUUUUACCUAUAAACCCAACUAUCCUCUCUGGAUAACUGGUACUCACUCAUUCCAACCUUUCAGUGGGGUAGUUGGCCUUGCAUUUUCUGCAUUACUAGCAAUAGUUCUGUAUCCAAGGGAGCCUCUAAAGAAAAAGAAGACCGUUAGAGAAUAAACAGUGAUUUUGUUAGUUAAGAGAAGCAGUGUUUAGGACAGUGCAGGUCGAACCGUUCGGCGUGGUGGCUUGCUUCAAUUUGUACUCUCCAGUCUGCUAUCAUCAGGAUGGCUUGGGGAAAAUAAGAGAAAAAGGAGUUUGGGGUGGGGGUGUAGGGUUGUUGGGGAGGUGGCGGUGGUGGUGUUUUUUUUUUUUUUUUUGGUGGGGGGGAGGGGUGGGGGAGAGGAAAGGACGCACAAGCACAUAAAGGAAUUUAAGCGACUGUUGUGUUGGUGUUUCUAAUCCACGAAAUAUGAAGUGAAAUGGCUAUGAAUACACAUUUAGUUUAGACAGAGAAGGGAAAAAAACAAUGAAAGAAAAGAAAAAAAGAAGCGAAAAGAAAGGUCAACCGGUGUACAUUGUUUAGUGGAAAAGGAAAAGUACGAAAGAGCUUCGGUGUAGAGAUAGGUAUAAAAUCUCAACUCUGAGAAGGAGAGCUGAGAGAACACAGCAUUUUUGCAAGUAGUAAAGUUAAUUGUACGUAUAAAUUUUGACGCAUGCCUUUCAAUGCAUAAAGUAUACGAGAACCUCUGAUGGUUGAUUGUUUGCAUACGCAUCUUCCUCUGUAUGCUAUACACUUGUGCAAUACAUUUCAUAUGGCGCUCCUAUAAAGCCUUGGGUAAAUAAAGCACAAUUAAUGAGUUUGUAUAAUUUUUUUCUUUUUUUCUUUUGUUGUAUUAUUACCCCAUUUUAUAUUAGCAGAAAUGUAUUCGAUAUGGUUUUCGAGCCUCUCUAGUGUUUAGAUAUUCAUGGAUUCUGUAAUAUUGUGAAGAAAUUGAUUCUGCACAUUAAAAAUCUGAAGAAAUUUCCGACGUGAUGAAUUUCUUGUCAACCAAA